GUUGUUGUGACGUUUCUGGCGUAAACAAACGCAGACGUUUAAAUCCUCGGCUGUCAACGAGACGCCUCCGCCGAGAUGCAGAAGGUCUGUAAAAGGAGCAAGAGCGCCACCUUCAGCCCAGACCGAGGAUCCACCUUGAAGAUCUCUGGAGAGCAGGAUCCACUUCAACAGAACUACACAGAGACCCUUCCUACAGAGAUGAGCGUGAGGAUCUUCAGUGAGCUGGACGUCAGGAGUCUGUGCCAGGCCUCGCUCACCUGCAGACACUGGAAUGAUAUAAUCGAGGGCAGCGAUCAGCUGUGGAGGAGCCACUGUCUUACAGUGCUGGCUGUUUGUAGGAGGGAGGUGGACGGGGACAGGCUGGAUGGGUGUUCAUGGAAGGUUACUCUUGUUCGUAACUACAGGAAAGGCUGUGUAAAGCGGAGGUGGCUGAAGGGCCGAUACAGUAACAUCCGCUCUGCUGACGAUAUCCCACCUAACAGUAUGUGUCCAUUGGACGUGGAGACCUGGGGAGAGAUACUGGAGGCGGAACUGGAUAGAUAGAGCAAACAGAGACUUCUCUGGAUCCUGCCAGUGGACUGAAAUACAUCAGCGGUGUCUUACAAUGGAAGCAUUGUGACUGAAACACUUGUUGGGCAAAUCAUUCUAUGGAAUGUUUUAUAAUCGGUAUUGCAAAAAAAAGCACAAAGGCUGUUGUGGUUAAAAAUACAUGAUCAUGUGGCUUUUGUUACUGUAAUUUUUAGAUGUAUUACUGAAAUUUGCUUGAGACUGUAAUGGAAAACUAGGUUUUAUAGGUUUCAUAUGAUGGAAUCAUUUUGCAGGUGGAACAGAGAGAGACCUUUUCUCCGCACUUUUUUUUUUUUUUUUAUAAAUCAACAAAAAUGUGCACAUUUUGAUUUAAGUAUUGAUUUUUAUUUAUGUAUUUGAUUUUUUUAGAGUCACUGCCAAAACAUGUUUUGCCUGAUAUAAUGCAACUAUUAUUUUAUCAAAGCUAAUAUAUUAAUGAAUAUUAUGUGUCCCAAUGCUGUACUUCCCUCUUCAUUGCUGGCCUCUCUUUCCAUUUCGCUCUUUCCGUUCUUUAUCUUUAUAACCACAUAAUAAUUUAAAACAAUAUAGAAUUAUUGUUACAUUUAAAUGCACAGUUUUUGCUAUGUAAAAAGGCUUUUUUUCACACAAUGAGAAAUCAGUAUGUAUGAAUUAGCAUUGCCUUGUUGUGAAAUGGAAAUAAUUUUUAAAAAGAGACUUCGAAAGAAAUCCUGAAUAUCUUUUCAGUCCUGUUAGACAUAAUUUUUUUUUACUGCUAAUAAAUAGCAUUGUGCCAUCUCAAACUUGUAGGAAGGCAUUAAUUGAUAAAUAAGUUAAAUAAUGGACUGGAGUCAUGUGAAUUAUUGUGACUUUUUUUUUCAGCUAUUUGGACUCUCAUUCUGAUGGCACCCAUUCACUGCAGAGGCUCCUUUGCUGAGCAAGUGAUGUUACGCUAAAUUUCCCUAAAUCUGUUUUAAUGAAGAAACAAACUCAUCUACAUCUUG